CCUUCAGUUCGCUCUUCUUCCUUUUCUCUCCGUUCAUUCCUUUUUUCGCUCCUUUCGCUUAGUCCUCGUCGACUAAGCUCUCAUCCCUGACAUCAUGUCGAAAAUGUGGGAAGUCGACCCGGAGACGAAGGCCAAGCUCCUUCAAUACUCCAAGACCAACGGUAACGACCGUUGCUGCGACUGCGGCGCUCCGUCCCCUCAAUGGGCCUCCCCCAAAUUCGGCACCUUCAUCUGCCUAAACUGCGCCGGCACGCACCGCGGCCUCGGCGUCCACAUCUCCUUCGUGCGCUCCAUCUCCAUGGACGCCUUCAAGAACUCCGAGACCCAGCGCAUGGAACACGGCGGCAACGACACCUGGAAGGCCUUCUUCGACAACCACCCCGUCACGCUGUCUGAGGGCCGCACCUUCGAGGACUCCACUAUCAAGGAACGCUACGAGGGCGAGGUCGGCGAGGAGUAUAAGGAGCGGUUGGCCGCGAAGGUGGAAGGUCGUGAAUAUGAUGCUGCCCAGGUGCAGCGGAAUAUCAGCGCCAGUCGGAAGUCGGAGCAGCCGUCGCGGUCGAGUACGCCCUUGGCGGCUGGGGUGGGGAGUACGGGACGGGGGUCUGGGUCCCCUGCUGAGGGAGGGCAGCUGGGUCGCAGUGGGAGUGCGAGGAAGGAGCGCAAUGAGGCGUAUUUUGCGAAGAUGGGGGCUGAGAAUGCGACUCGUGAUGCGAAGUUGCCGCCGUCCCAGGGGGGGAAGUUCACUGGGUUUGGUGGCGGGUUACCGGUCGAGGAUACGCCGCGCGGGGGAGGUGCUGGAGGCAAUGGACGGGGGGUCCCGGGGCUCGAUGACUUUCAGAAGGAUCCGAUGGCGGCGUUGACGAAGGGGUUUGGGUGGUUUACGACGGCGGUGGGGAAGGGCGCGAAGACCAUGAAUGAUUCGUAUAUCCAGCCGACGGCGAAGAGUUUCGCCGAAUCCGACUUCGCCGCCCAAGCGCGCGUCCACGCCUCCACCUUCGGACAGAACCUCCAGACCGGUGCGCGCGGCGCCGCAGACCAAUUCAACCGGUUCGUCGAGGGGCCUGACGACGCGCGACGUCGCGAGCGCGAGGACCCCGAGCGCAAGGACUUCUGGGAUGACUUCUCCUCCCUGGGCGAGGAGAACCAUCGUCGGAACACCUCCCGGUCCAGCGCCAUCGGCACGGCGGCCAUGAAGCCGUCUACGGGGACGGGUGGUGCUACCGGUGCUGGUGCUGGUGCUGGGGCUGGUACGACUGCGCCGGCGGCGGGGAGGAAGAGUCAGGACGAGGAUUGGGGGGAGAAUUGGUGAUUGCAUUGCAUGGCAUUAGAAUUGUAAUUAGUUUGUCUGUAUGGAGUGGCAAUGGGAGUGGAAUGGGAUUCUUUUUGGUCUUGGUUUGAUCUGUUGACCUGAGGUAGACUGGCGUAGAUAUUGAUGUUCAGCCCAGGAGACUCU